CCGCUGGAGCCCUGGGGGCUCCUGCUGCCUACAGAGUCCGUCUCCUACAGGUCUUCAUGGGACUGGAGAAUGCCCUUUUGUCGCUGCCUACUUCUUCAUUCUCCAGUCCCUGGUACGCCUAAAAUUAAAGAAAAAUGAGAGGUUUGGUAGUGUAGGUAUAACAUCGGGAGGUUUAGAGAGGGCUCAUGACAAGGUGUUCGGUAAAUAGUGUGCAGCAGGCCGCCUCCUCGUCUGCGUCAAGCCUUGCGGCAGCUGAGUGCAGAACUUUGGGCGGUGGGUUGCCUGUGUCCAGGUACCCCUUUGCACAGGUGUCAGCCGCUUGACGGCGUGCAAGGUGGUGAUGGAUCAACCAAAAAACCACCUUAGUGUUUGGAGGCAAAACGGGGCUUCAUCCAGGUAGGUUUGGCUCCAAGAAGGCAAAGCUUUCGAGAACAAUUUGACUUGAGGUUGCAGGAUGAAGUCAGCAGUGUACUUUUUGGAGAAGACAAGAUGUCUAUUUAAGAAAGUAGCUGCAGAAAGGAAGGAGAGGGAAGAGGACUAACGUAAUUAUUGCUUCCUUCCACUAAGCUGUGGUUCACCUUUGAGUUCUCUCACACCAUCCCAAUACCUCUCAGCUGCUGGAGAGAACUUGGGAAAACAUAGCCCCAGCAACAGAGCCAGACUGCCCUAUACUACACAUCUUGGAAGGGGAGCAAUGCUCCUGACAUCCUGUUGAUGUAAAGAAUUGCAAUGACAAAUAGAUCCAUGAGAGUGAGAUAAUGCAUUGGGCUUUCUGGUAGUUUGGCUUUCCAUGAAGGACGCAUGUCCAGGAGUGAACCCUACAAAUGCCCUAUGUAUUUUCUGUUCUGUAGCAGGUGGUGUGUGCACGAAUAAGGACCUGGUGCUUCUGCCUUCCCUCUUUUUUUACUUUAAAAUGGUCUCUUAGGUUUUUUCUCCCAAUUUCCACCAUCUUUAUCUGAGCUGUCUUUCCCUUUCAAGCUGUUUCUUUGACUGCUAACAUCCAGUAGAAGAAAGAAGUAGGUGUCUGGCUUCACUCAGUGCAGUGUGUAUCAUGGGGGGGUGCUGCACAUAUAGAGCAAGUAAUUCCACAGUGCAUGGUGUACAUUGCUAACCUGUUGUUUUUUCUUGUAAUUUGCUGCCAAAGUCGUCUGGGUGAUGGAUGGCCUGUGCCAUUGGGGAACUCUGAGGGUGUGUGGAGGAAACUGUCUGCUUUUCUUUGUGUGUGAUGUCACUGUGCAAGAACCAAAAACAAAGGGAGGAAAAGGUCGGGGUAAAUAAGUUUCUUGAAGACAGCAAGUGUGUUUUGGAGCCAGCUGUGCGGGGGGAUGGGUAUCCUUCUGACUGUACUGAGCUGAUUAGCAGCGUUACAGAAGUUUGCAAAAUGCUAGGAGCUGCAGGUAUGUCCGGAGGAAUAACUUAGGGUCCAGACAGGUUAACAGACGCAGCAAAAAGUUUGCCCCAAAGCCCACUGUAUUGCGGCAGCUGUGUACAAAUCGGCGAACUGUACACUGAAAGGGGAGAAAAAAAGAGGCUGCAUUGAGGGUAGUCAUGUUUAGUCUCUCUUCUUUCUAGCAGCUGGCAUAGUGUUAUGUUUUGGAUUCAGUCUGAGAAUAAUGUUGAUAACACACUGAUGUUUUCAGUUGUUGCUAAGUAGCGUUUAUACUAAGUCAAGGAUUUUUCAGCUUCUCACGCCCAGCCAGCAAGAAGGCAGGAGGGGACACAGCCAGGACAGCUGAGCCCAACUGGCCAAAGCUAUAUUCCGUACCAUGGGACGUCAUGCCUAGUAUAUAAACUUGGGGAGUUGGCCUGGGGGGCAGAUUGCUGCUUGGGAGCUAACUGGGCAUCGGUCAGCAAGUGAUAAGCAACAUCUUGUUUUUUGUUUUACCACCUAUAUGUAUGUGCUUGUUCCGUCAAUACGCAACCUGCUUCAACAGUGGCAUAUAUUUAAUAUGGACUCUGCUAGUUGUGGUUGGAAUUGGAUCUGUUUACUUUCACGCCACCCUCAGUUUCCUGGGCCAGAUGCUGGAUGAGCUGGCUAUUCUCUGGGUUCUGAUGUGUGCUCUGGCCAUGUGGUUCCCUAGGAGAUACCUGCCCAGAGUUUUUCGGAAUGACAGGAGCCGAUUUAAAGCUGCUGUAGGUGUCCUGUCUGGAGUUACUACCUGCCUUGCCUUCAUUAAGCCUGCCAUCAACAACAUCUCGCUAAUGACUCUGGGUGUUCCCUGCACAGCUUUGCUCAUUGCUGAGUUGAAGAGAUGUGAAAACCUGCGUGUGUACAAACUGGGUCUCUUUUCAGGUCUUUGGUGGAUGCUAGCACUUUUCUGCUGGAUCAGUGACAAAGUGUUUUGUGAGAUCUGGUCCUCAUUUAACUUCCCGUAUUUGCACUGUGUAUGGCACAUUUUGAUUUGCCUUGCGGCGUACCUGGGCUGUGUCUGCUUUGCUUACUUCGAUGCUGCCUCUGAGAUCCCUGAGCAGGGCCCUGUCAUAAAGUUCUGGCCCAGUGAAAGAUGGGCAUUCAUUGGGGUUCCCUACGUCACCCUCCUCUGCGCACACAAGAAAUCACCUGUGAAGAUCACAUGAAGUUGGCCAUGGAAUGGGGAUGGAGUUUCAUCUUACAUUCCAGCACAGACAGUAUUUAAAUAAUGAUAAAUGAAUAGGGUUGUAUUUUAUCUUCUUCCUAAGAUAUGCAGCACUUCAGGUGUCAUAGAAAGAGGAGGUGAGUGUGUUCCUUCCUCUCUCUGGAGAGGAGAGAGGAAGCAGGAAGCAGGAAGGUGGAGGCCCUUGAACGCUAAAGUAACCACUAGCUUCUUUGGUUGGCUCUGUUUUGCACUGUGUUUUCAAUGUAGCAUUUCUCUUGCUAAAAGCUCUUUCCAAAUACCGGGGUCAAGGAAUGAUGUUUCUGCAGUAGGUCACCUCUGGUGCUUGAUUCACUUCUUUUCUAACUUCUGGCUUAAGGCCUUCUUUGCAAAAGAAGCCAGUCGAAGGUGCCUACAUGCCAUCUUGUGUCCUUUUCAGCUCUGAUUUUGAUGUGGUUGCAUAUGGCCACAAGAGUGUGCUCGAAGCACGUGCUCCUCCCAGCCUGGCGUGUAACACAGGGAGCCUGGCUGUGCUUCACAUCGGAUCACAGAGCAUGUGGUUGCUUCCCCAAGUACAACAGGAGAUCAGUGCAAAGUGUUUGCAGCUGGGUAACUGGAUCAGUGUAGUUAGGCAGUGUAAAUGCGGGAAUAGCUGACAGAACGUUCAGUCCCUAAAACUAAAUAGGAGUUCAAGGGUUUUGAAUUUUUCUGUAUUUCCACUGACCUGUGGACAUCUGUAUGCUGCGUAUUUCCCUCUUACAGAAAUGUCACCGAAAUCCCUCUCUACCUCUACAGACAUGUUUGGUCUUGAAUUUGGCAUUGAAGCUCACACAGAAGUGUGAACAUUAACUUCAGUGAGAACUCAGGCCAGCAUGGAUUGACAGUGUGAUUAAACUACAAAAGCUCGCAGGUGCCUAGCUGUAUGUCUAAUUUGAGAGUUAACUUCUCACAAAUGCAUUGCAAAGUAACAUGAACAAUAGUCCAGUGCUCUUCUAGUUAUACUUAGGAAAAAAGUAGAUAACAGCUUAAAAACCAAGCUGAAGACUUAGAUUUCAGUGAGCAAUGAAAUGUGACCUUGCAUUCAUACAAAAGACCAGUAGAUUCAAGUUUUCUGUUUAUUUUCAGCCUGUUUUGUAAAGAUAAGGGGUGUCUAGAUCAAUUUAGUUCUUAAGGUUAUACUUUGGGGUUGAGGUUCAGGAAUGGCUAUGGUCCUUGCAAGCAAUUUAUGCUAGGUCUGUUUAAAAAAUGAUGCAAAGUGCAGGCAUGUUUUUCAAAUAUUAGCAAUUGUAGCUGCUAAUAGCUGCAGUGUUGGAGAAAGUAGGAUCUGCUUACAUUCCACCUAAUACCAGAACUGUAAGUGGAUUAAGGCUUUGGAUGUACACUUUUGUUAAUAAGCAGUAUUUCCUUUUUGAAUAUUAGACCAAGAAAUACUAUCUCCUCUGUGCUUUGCUAAGAAGUCUCAUGUUGUACUUGUUUUUUGUCAAUGUGAAAAUGUAGUCUAUACAGUAUCAUCUUUAGGAACGUGGCUUUUAACAAGAACUUUGGGGUGAAUUAACUUUCAAGCAUUGUAAAACAUUUCAGAUAACUUUUGUUUUCAAAUUUAUGCCUAGAAAACAAGAGCUAAGGUGUAUGCUGUUACACUUAAAGCAAAGUUAUUAGUGGGAGAUAUGACUGUCUUUUUGAGAACUUCAAAGCGAUUGGCUGACAGAUCAUAAAAGCAGCAAAAUCUGUCUGGUGGAACUAUGCAGAUUUGUACCACUUGCUAGUAGAUCUGUCUGAGAGAAAUGUGUUUUUUGGACACACAGUCAUAUAAUUCUUGUAAGAAACUUGUUUGUAAAAAUUCAUACAGUAAUCUUUGUUACUCUUUGAAACACAGCUGUGUUUCCCUUCCUCUCUCCCUAAUUAUGAAAUGCUCAGUUUUAAACACUUCUCAGGUAUUAAAAGUCAUAUGAUUAGAUCCUUGUACAGAUAGGCUUGCUGGCUGGAACUCAGCUAAGGUUGCUGAUGUCUGACAUGGCCCUACUUUGAGUAAGAUUUUUCAAUAUUGUUUUCUAAAUUAUUAUGUUAUGGUAAAUAAGUUAUUUUCAGUAUUGCUUGGGAAAUUAGUAACUGCAGACAUAAUGUACUAUUCAAAAUGACUGGAGCCUUCCUACUUAAUAUUUUGUUUGAAAGCAACCUCUGAAUCAAAGGGCUCUAAUCAGCCUGCUGUCAACUGCUGUCUUCUGCUCUGCAGAGUCUGACUGCUCACAAAGAAGUAAUUUUAUAAUUUAAAAAAUGGCAGUAGUGCAUUCAGCUAUUGCAGAGGUGAUUGAAUGCAGGUACAGGCCAAUAAUCAUCUCCUGUAUUUUUAUUAACUAACCUCUAACCUUUGUACUCUUCAUAGGAGAUUCUGUGAACAAAAGUCACUCACUAUCUGAUAUUCAAAGCUCUGCUGUAGAACUGGUUGGGGGUAUUCCACUGCAACAGCAGCCCACCACUUUUAGAUAUAGCUACUGCACUUUACAUUAAUAUUGACUUACAUGUUCUGACAAAAGCGACAUUUAUUUCAAAAAAGAAAACACAUGCAGUUUUUACCCAAUUCACAGCUUCACAACUUGCACUUUGGACUAAGGCUCCAGUUCACGAUUAACAUUAGUACCCAAAGAAGUAUGUGACUGGCAUACAGAGCGGUUUGUGCACUGCCCUGAUCAUGCAGAUGAAUAGACAUGCACACAAGUAGCUGUAUUAUGUUGGAGUAUAAAGUGAUAUAUAUGCACCCUUUAAAGCCCCAGAAUGCUUUCUUCUCUUGCUGGCAGGAAGCAAGUGGGUUCCUAGUCCUUGGGUUCAAUUAGUAUUUUAGCUUAAUUAGUGGGAUGCAAUAGUGUGUUGAGCAUAAUGUAGAUUCUGUAUAUUGGCGUGUGGUAUCCAUCAUUCCUUGAAUGUUAAACUUUAGGUUAUUUAAGAAAGGACAUUUAGCUCUCAGUGAUGGCAAACACUUGCCCAAUACACAGUCACUAAAAACUCAAUAAAUAGUGUAUAAGAGUGGUGUUGGGUUUUUUUUCCAUCUCCAUUGAAGUCUGUAUACUGAAUGUUUGUGGAAGGCCUGUAGUACUUCACAACAUUAAAUUGCAUUCAGAAUAAA